CGCGAAUAGCUUGCGGAUGUUGAGAUCGUGGAGCGGCGCGACGACACGAAUGUGCGAUUGAAAUCUUCUCCUCGGUCGUUUUUCCAGACGGAGAUCGGCGAACAUCGUUCUUCUGUAGUAGGUAGUCCGGUAGGAUGGUCCUGUUCACGAUAAUCGCGAGGGUGGCGGAUGGCCUGCCGCUGGCGGCCACCAUGCAGGACAACGAGCAGGACGGUAAGAAUAUCGUGGAGUAUCAGAAUCAGGCGAAGAUGCUGUUCAGAAAGCUGGGUUCACAGUCUCCGGCGAGGUGUACCCUCGAAACCGGACCGUAUCUUUUCCAUUAUUUAAUCGAGAAUGAAGUGUGUUAUCUGGUGUUAUGCGAAAGGAAUUACAGUACGCGCAUAGCUUACAGCUACUUGGAAGACAUAGCGCAGGAGUUUCAUGCUCAGUAUGGUAAACGUGUAAAUACAGUGACCAGGCCUUAUACCUUUAUCGAAUUCGAUACAUACAUUCAGAAAGCCAAGAAGAUCUUCACGGACAGUAGAUCUCGUAGGAAUUUGAACACACUUAACACCCAGUUGCAGGACGUGCAAAGAAUUAUGGUGCAAAAUAUUGACGAUGUUCUACAGAGGGGUACCGUACUCUCAGAAUUGGAUACAAAGACGCAAAACUUGUCUAUGCUGUCGCAGAAGUAUAAAAAAGACGCGAAACAUCUGAACAGUAAAUCAAUGUACAUAAAAGCUGUUGCCGGUCUUGUUGCAUUUGUGAUCUUCCUGUUAUAUUUCUUCGUUCUUUAGUUAAGCAACGUGAGUAGAAAAAAUUUCGAUAAUACGCGUCAAAGGUAUUCCAUUUCCAAGGGUAGAAUAUAUAUUUUCGUUCAACUCGCCUAUAUUUAUGGAGUGUUUGCGACUACAACCACCAUUUAUAUUUAUAGAAGAGGAAAUUAAAAAUUGUACGUACAAAAUAAAAACUGCGAAAGUGUAAUUAUAUA